CGGAGCUGGGAGCUUUCCAGAAAUCAGAGAAGGAACAGAGAUGGAUGGUUCGUUGGCUUACCAAAUAGAGGACUAAGAAAGAAACAAGAUGUGUGGGGGUAUGACAGAAGAGUGUACAACCAAGCUUCUGUAUUCUUCUUCACAAACUUCCCGGAUGACUGGAGCCAUGAAAGCAUGUGGCUCACUUUCCGGAAAUAUGGGAGGGUCUUGGCUAUCUACUGCCCACCGAGGAAAUCCAAAUCAGGAAGAAUUGGGUUGUAAGAUUCCUAGAUGUUGAGAAUGAGAUGGAAUUGAAACGGCAGCUGGAUCAAAUCAGAGUAGGGAUGUCCAAACUCUGGGUUAAUGGACCAAGAUUCAGGAAGGCUGAGGAGAGGAACAGAGAUGCUACGAAACCAGUUGAGAUGAAUCUUGUCAAACCGUGGAGAUCAUUUGUUGAGGUUGUUAAAGGGAAGAAUAAGUUGGAAAUUAAUAAAGAAAGACAUCCACAGUCGGUUACAGGUGCUAGAGAUCACCAAAAUAAGCAGCAGAAAACAGAACCGGCCACAACAGCAACACAAGUAUGGAUAAUGAAAAACAACGAUCGUGCUAGUGUUGGCUUGGAGUUUACAGUGAAGGAGGAGGACCUCUUAUGGUUGGAAGGGUGUUAUGUUGGAACUAAAUGUUCUGUCAAUAUCAUCCCGACUCUGCAGCAAAAGUUCUUCAUGGAAGGAUAUUUUUCAUGCAAAGUAAGACCUAUGGGGGGAAGAUUAGUCUUAUUGGAGGGGGGUGAUAAAGAUGAGAUUAAGGAUUUAGUUGAAACAACUCCGGAGUGGCUGGGGCAGUGGUUCGAGGAGAUAAAGCCCUGGUCUCCAUCAAUGGUUGCUGGUGAAAGGUUCAUGUGGAUUCGAUGUCAAGGCAUUCCAGUUCAUGCCUGGGGGCCGGAGUUCUUCAAUACAAUUGGGGCGGUAUGGGCAAAAGUCAUUUCCUUAGAUGAUAGGACUAGUAAGAAGCUAAGAUUUGACAUUGGGAGAAUUUUGAUCUCCACACCCAUCAUGGAGUUCAUUUCAAAAUCUAUGAACAUUACCGUAAAUGGUGUGCCAUACUUGAUCAAAGUAAUGGAGGAAGAGGCCACCAACGGUAUCUUCUCCAUGAAGUCUGACCAUGUGUUUAGGGAACUAAGCUGCUCCAAAGAUCUUUGUAGAGCUGCAACUGGUAAGGUUGAUGAUGAUGACAUGGCAAGGGAUAAUGACGUGGAACAUGGCUCCGGAAACAAGCUAGAAGAGGAUUGGAAGGAGAGCCAUAAGGAGGAGGUAAAGGCUAACAGGAAGAAAUUUGAAUUUGAAGAAGACACAGAAGGAAUGAUGAGUGUGGAUGGCUCCAACGUUCAGACAGACAAUGAGUAUAUUGAUGCAAGCAUCGGGAAGUCUCAAAAGUUCCCAUCAACAAGCAAGAGUCUGGGACAAAAUUCAAAUUGCAAAAAUGGUGAAAUGAAUGGGCCAACCAAUCUAAUCCAGCUUAAUGAGAAAGAGUGGGAUAAAGGCUGCCGGUUGGACCUCCAAGCCUGUUUAAGAGAUGAUGAAGAUUGGGCCUUGAAUAUGGGCCCUAACAAAACCAAUAAAGUACAUGAAGAUGAAAAUGAUGUGGUAGUAAGAGAUAAGGAUAUUGACGGGUUUGAGGAGGAAGAGGUAAAUCAAAGAAACAAAGGAUGCUUGACUCGGUUAGCAGAUAUCAGCGAGGAACAGUCCUUCUGGCAAGGAUUUGAAAGUGAAUUGGGGCAAUUGAAAGCUUGGAUGGGUAGAGAACAACGAGAAAUCAAGAAGCAGAAGAAGAGGAUGAGAUCAUGCUCCUCGGUGUACAGAAAAUCCAGAAUCGUGGUUCAACAAAGGAUGGAGGAGAAGCGGGGCAAAUUGAAAAAGGACCAAGAUCUAGAGGAGAUGACACCGAAUUUCUGGUCAGGAUCACAAGAACAGGUAGCGGAUGACUCAUUAGCAGAUAGCGGCAUUGAGAAUAGGAACAAAUGCUUGUGGAAUAAUGGAAAAAUCAAUUGGGGACCAAAACCAUUUCGAUUCUUUGAUGCAUGGUUGGAAUUCCCUCAGUUUAAAGCUAGAGUGGGUGAUAUCUUGAAGACAACAGUGGUAAAUGGAUGGAAUGAGUAUCGUCUAAAAGAAAAAUUGAAGGAAACUAAGAAGAUGCUAAAAGUGUGGAGUAAGAAUAUGACCUCAGAGAUUGACUUGGGUAUACAAAGGAACAUCGAUUCUAUUGCUUCCAUUGAUAAAAAGUGUGAGGUGAGGCCACUAUCUCCAAAAGAUAUAAAGGUUAGAAGGUUAAACUUCCUGGAUCUAUGGAAAAAUCAAAGGAUCAAGGAAAGCAUGUGGCGCCAAAAAGCUAGAAAAACAUGGAUAAGUGAUGGGGAUGCCAAUACAAAAUUUUUUCAUAAAUGUGUGAAAGGAAGAAGAAGGAUAAAUGAUAUAGCAAGCAUCAUGGUGGGUAGUGAGUGCUUAGAAGAAGUCAACAAUAUGAAAGAAGGCGUGGCUAAUUACUUUGAGACUUUGUUUAAAGAAGAUGCUUGGCACCGCCCAGCCUUAGAUGGGAUUCAAUUCAAGAAGAUAUCAAAGGAGGAAAGGGAGAUGCUGGAAGCACCAUUUAAUGAGGAGGAGGUUAGACAUGCUGUGUGGGAUUGUGAGAGUUCGAAAGCACUAGGACUUGAUGGGUUCAACUUCAAAUUUGUUAAAAAGAUGUGGGAAACACUCAAGGAUGACAUAAUGGGAUUUGUAACUGAUUUCCACAAAUAUGGUAAGUUGGUCAGAGGGUUGAAUAGUUCAUUUAUUGCAUUAGUCCCUAAAGUUACCAAUCCACAAAAAAUUGAAGAAUUCAUACCAAUCUCACUAGUUGGUGCCAUAUACGAGCUGAUUGCAAAACUGUUAGCAUGCAGACUAUCUUCUGUCUUGAAUGGGAUUAUUAGGGAGAAUCAGAUGGCCUUUGUCGGAGGAAGGCAAUUAGUUGACAGUGUGGUUAUCGCUAAUGAGACUAUUGAUGAAGUGCAGAAAAGAAAAAAGGAAGGGUUUGUGUUCAAAGCUAACUUUGAAAAGGCUUAUGAUAAAGUUUGCUGGGAUUUCCUGGAUUAUAUGAUGCUAAGAUUGGGUUUUGGUCUUAAUGGCAUCAUUUCAUCAGUUGUCUCAUUGGGAUUGUUUAAAGGAAUUGAAAUUGGUCAUAAUGGCAUGAAUGUCUCACAUCUUCAGUUUGCUGAUGACACAAUUGUGUUUGGUAGAGCUUCAGAAGAAAAUAUAUGGGCUGUAAAAAGUAUUAUAAGGAUUUUUGAGAUGGUUUCAGGGCUGAAGAUUAACUUUGGAAAAAGUCUGCUCAUGGGCAUCAAUGUUUCAGAUGAGUGGAUGACUAGGAUGUCCAGUAUACUGAACUGUAAACAGGGGAACUUACCUUGUAAAUACCUGGGCAUGCCGAUUGGGGGUAAACACAGAAGUAUGGCCAUGUGGAGACCUAUGAUUGAUUCAUUUAAGAAGAAACUUGCCGGCUGGAAAAACAAAUUCAUUUCUCUUGGUGGAAGGAUCAUGCUCCUAAAUUCCGUGCUAUCUAGCCUCCUCGUGUUCACGAUGUUUGUCCACCUGCUGCCUAAAGGUUUGAUCCUCUUACUUGAUAAAAUUCAUACAAGCUUUCUUUGGGGGGGUGGAGAGAAUAAUAGAAAGAUUAAUUGGGUUUGUUGGGAAAAUGUUUGUAGAAGUAAAUUGGAAGGUGGGUUGGGUGUUAAGGACCUAAGAAAGUUCAAUUUAGUGUUGCUAGGAAAAUGGUGGAGUAGAUUAGCGGAGGGUGAGGAAGGUUUACUCUAUAGGGUUAUUCGAGAGAAAUACGGAAGUAAAGGUGGCAACUGGCUAAAUUGGAUUAAAGAGGGAAACUAGAGGGGGACAUUAUAGUGGAGGGAUGUUUGUAGGUUAGAUCAUUUGUAUACAAGUAGAGUUGGCUGGCUCUCAGAUGGCUUUACACUAAAACUGGGAGAAGGUAAUUCUGUCUAGUUUUGGGAGGAUGUUUGGAUAGGAAACAAGUCACUAGCAACAAACUUCCUAGACUUUU